AUGCCACCGAACAUUUUGAAAAGUAGUUUGGAGAACGCGUCUUUCAACAUUAUAUUUCAGAUAUUCUGCCGCUGUGUUACAUUUGUUUUGAAUGCAUUUGUUGUCCGGCACGUAGGCCAAGCGAUCUUAGGUGUCAUUAACGUGAGAUUGUUAUUACUGGAAUCUAUGAUACUGUUCCUGUCACGAGAACCAUUCAUGAAAGCAUGUCUGACUAAUACGGCGGAGCACAAUUGGGCUCAAGUCGUGAAUCUACUCUGGCUAACAGUACCCAUAUGCGUCGUAAUGUCCCUUUUGUUUGGAUACAUUUGGUUGUUCGUGCUCUCUACCGCCGAGGAGUUACCACUGUACUACACAUUUGCAGUUUGGGCGGUUGGGCUGUCGUGCGUCAUAGAGUUGUCUUCCCUGAUUGUCCAAUUAGUCGCAAGCGCAUUUCUGUUUGUUAGACUUAAAAUAAUUCUGGAUACCAUCAUGAUUGCCAUUCGCACCAUGACGUUCGUCCCAUUGAUAUUGUAUAAUCCGGAAAAUGCGUUACUCGCCUUUGGCAUAGCUCAACUUGUUGCGGCAAUAUUUUACACGACUAGUCACUACGUGUACUUCCACUGUUAUAUUGCAAAGUUGGACAAGUGCACACAGAAACGAAGAAUGUCCUUAAAGGAUAGUAGCGACGAAUACGUGGUGAGAGAAUUUCCCUUCCGUGCCCUAAGUGACUUUUUACCGGGCCAGCUGGAGAAUAAUGAUUCACAUCUGGAUGGAAAGUUAACUGUUCUUACUUGGAGUUUCUUCAGGCAAGGAAUAUUAAAGCAAAUUUUAACGGAAGGCGAGAGAUUGAUUAUGACUAUAAUGCCAGUAUUGACGUUCACGGAACAGGGUACUUAUGAGGUUGUGAAUAAUUUGGGCUCGCUAGCCGCUAGAUUUAUUUUCCGUCCAAUCGAGGAGAGCGGUUACUUUUACUUCACGCAGAUGGUAAAAAGGGACAAGGCAAUAUCCGAUCAGAAUCCAGUAAAGAUACAAGAGAGCGUGAACGUGUUAACACACCUAUGUUCGACCGUCACGUCUAUCGGUCUGAUUGUUCUAGUAUUCGGCCAGUCUUACUCGAGCACGUUGCUCUGGUUAUACGGUGGCUCAAAAUUAAUUUUACCUUUACCCGUCCUCUUGUUAAGGGCGCACUGUCUCGCCGUGUUGCUCUUGGGGAUUAACGGCGUGACCGAGUGUUACACCAACGCGACGGCUGAUAGCGCGACGAUAAACAAGAGCAAUCUAAUUAUGGUGUACGAAUCGAUCGCGUUUUUGGGCGCGUCCUACUUGUUCGCCACUUGGUUUGGCCCGGUCGGCUUUAUCUUCGGUAAUUGCGUGAACAUGACUUUGAGAAUCAUACACUCUGCGAUAUUCAUAAAUCGAAGAUGUCGCGACACCUUUUACCGUCCCUUGCGUGGACUGGUACCUAAGCCGAUGUUUUCCGCGUCUUUGCUCGUCACGGCUCUCAUCACAAAUCUCUCGCAUGCUUACUUCUUUCCGGCGGAAAAAUUACUACAUCUACUGAUCGGCGUAGUGAUGUUUACGAUUGUCUUCAUGUCUUGGAUAUAUGAACAUUACGAGUUAAUCAAGCUCGCUACGAACAAAUGGCACGAAAGAAGAAAUAAGCACAGGAAGAGUGAUUGACCUUGCGUGUUACGUUGCAGAUUAUUCCGAUUAUGUACAAAUUAACUAGAAACUACGUUACGUUACGGACGAUCUUGUAAACGUUAAAAAGAUUACAAUAUAUCAAAACUUAUUUUAUA